UAUUUUUAUAUCAUUACAGAGUUUAUAAUCACAACUCGAUCUGGUCGACAUAAUGGUGGUUACAAACAUAUUCUUUAUUUUUCUAUUUGGACUUCUCUGCUGCUUUACUACAGGAUACCUGAUUGGAAACCAAUGCUUCGUUUACCCUAGUUUUGAUGCUAUUCAGUGGAAAGACGGAAAAGACCGAAUCUGUAUGUUGUAUCAAGGUGAAGCCGUAUGCAAAGAAUGGGAAUGUCCGGUGCCGAGCUGCGACGAGCCAAUAUCUGGCGAAUAUGGAACCUGCAAGUCUUAUUGUAAAGGCAACUGCACAUACGGGGGAACAGAGCAUGAAAUUGGCGUGGGAUUUGUCUCCCCUGAUGGGUCUAACACAUGUUGGUGUUCAGAAUGGAACACCUACUUUUGUUCGUAUGGACAAUUUACAGUACAAACAAUGUGCAACCUUAAUUAGUCCUUAAUAACUUUUUAAGAUUCAAAAAUCACAAAUACUUAGAACAAUCAAUACACAUUUUAUUUUACUUUUAUGUUCUUUGUAUUUAAAAUAUUUACAGUGUAAUGUUAUAUUCUAUGAACUUUAAAAUUGAAAUGUAUACUAUAUGAAUAAAAGAAACUGGACCUCAG